CGACGGAACCGAAACAGAUAAGAGUCAAAUCGUUCAAUAGCUUGGUACGCUUCGUACCCGCGAUAAGGAUAGGCGCACUUUCUUCGGCUGAGCCGAUGGAGGUUAAGCGUUGUGAUACUUUGGCGCGACGCAGGGAAGUUCGGAAGGUUGACUCAGAAACUGAUAAACCAUGGACAGUUUGUAAGCUCAGUGUAUCAAGUAAACGACGUUCGUUUGCUCUGGUCAAAAGUGAAUACACACAGUAUUCCGAGCGAGAAGUGUUCCGUUGUUUCCUCGUUCUGACACGGAUGCGAGAUAGGGAUUUUCAAAGUGUCUUCGAUUAGUAAGUGAUUAACGGUCGGACUAGAAACCGGCCAGUAGCUGAUCGAACGUUUCUCUGGACGGAUCUCAGUUUUAACAUUGCGGUUGGUUUAGUGAAGAAUAUCUAACAUGUCCUUGAAGUUUGACAUCGACACCGAGCCGCCAACUCCGGAGUUGCUGGAGUUUGCCCGGAAAGAGCUUCGCGAAACGCCGGAGGUGCGUGAAGCGGCGAUCAAGGAGUUACGCAGCUUGCUGAAGGAGGCGACCGAUCUGCACUACAAGGAUGAUGAUGAUUUUCUGCUGAUUUUUCUGCGACCGUGCCACUUUUAUCCGGAGAGUGCCAUCAAAAUGAUGCGCCGCAUAGCCGAAUUCAAGAAAAGCUACCACAAUCUGCUGCACAACCUGAUGCCGGAGGACGAGAAGCGUGCCUUCACCGAGCACAACGUGGUGAACGUGCUGCCAAAUCGGGACCAGAAGGGACGCCGGGUGCUGCUGGUCAACUGUGGUUCCCUGUGGGACCCGAAGCAGGUCAGCUCCGAGCAGCUGUUCCGGCUGUUCUAUCUGAUCCAUCUGAUCGCUCAACUGGAGCCGGCCACCCAGAUCAACGGCGCAGUCGUCGUGAUGGAUUUUGACGGGUUGUCGCUGAAGCAGGUAAAGGCGCUGUCGCCUUCUUUCUCGAUGCUGCUGCUGACGUUCAUCCAGGAGGCGCUUCCGCUGCGGCUGAAGGAAGUUCACAUCAUUAAGCAGCCGUUCAUCUUCAAUAUGGUCUGGACACUGUUUAAGCCGUUUAUCAAGGAAAAGCUCAACAAACGGAUGUUCUUCCACGGAAACGACAUGAAGAAAUUCCACAAGUACCUGAGCCCCGAGGUGCUGCCGAAGAACUACGGCGGUGAGCUGCCGGAGAUCGACUACUCCGGAAAGGAUUGGUACCCCUGUGUGAACAAGUGCGUGGACCACAUCCGGAAGUACAACGAGUGCGGUUUCGCACAAAAGACUGAUGAAUGAUGCGCAGGUGCAAAAAGAGCAAACCAAAACAUGUUAACCCAAAGACUCAGGUGUGGCAGUGUAACGAUUAGGUUUGACCUUGUUUUUUGUUACAAUUUUUAACGUGAAAAUAUGAAUUUUUAAGUAUGUUAUGUGUGACCGCUGUUGCCAUUUUUCAAAUAUAUUUUCAUAUAUUGCAGUAAAAAAGG